AUGUCACGGACGCUGCUCUCUCCUCAUAGCCUGGACGUUCACUGCUCGAGAUCUCUCCGUGCCCAGAAGCAUCCUCUGGCGACCUUCUUCGUUGAGGCGCACGACUUCGUUCAUAAUGCUGGAGCGAUCCUCUACCGUCGUGUGAGGGCUCCUGCACCGGCUGCAGAUGGCGCGGCGAUCCCACCUGCCCCGGCUGCUGUGCCUGAUGAUGCAGGACGCCCCCCGGCAUCUGUGGUACACAUCCCUGGUUUGCGCGCUCUCGUCGACUCGUCUCAUGAGCACUUUAUUGCUCCGCCUGCGCAGCGAAAUGUGACCCCUCUUGUCAUGCGCGUCUUCCCUCGCCAUGUGCAUGCUCGCGCUGCGCUGACCGAUCAGCAGCGUGAUAUCCUCACCUUGCACAGCCGCAGGACACACUCGCUCAAGUCGCAGGAUAGGGUCUUGACAGUGCAGUCUACCAUCUUCGCUCAUUUUCCUGAGCGUGACCUGAGCCACUCUCCGAUGCGAGUCUCGAGCUACUACCCCCUCAAGGCCUUCCCGCACCGCUAUGCUCAGAUGCUCGACUGCUAUCUCCAUGGCAUGCCGAUCUGCCAGUGUCCGACGGAAUGUGAUGGAUGUCAGCGCGAGCUCGAUCCCUCUGUUGCUGCACAUCAUCUCCAGACCUGCAAACGCCGAUCCUCCAAGCUUCCCACGGCGCAUGACAACCUUACUCGUACGAUUCGGUCGAUGCUGAACGAAGCUGGUCUUCAGAGCGUCAUCGAUACAGUGGGGGAUCCUCGUUCUCGACGGCAGGUACCCUCCCAUCCUCAUGGCCGCAAGAUGAAGGGCGAUAUCCACAUCCCUGGAAUCCGCGAUCGAGGGUCCGAGCAGUACGAGGGCUUGAUGGCGGACGUGACGUUGCGCUCGAUGCCUCUUGAGGAUGCGGCGUUUGGUCGGCACUUCGUGCCUGAUGACGGACCUGCUGCUGAGCUGACGCUGGAGGCGCUCUUGUCUGGUGCGAGGCGCAUGACGCCCUUGCGGGCGCAAGCACUUCUCGAGCCAGAGGACAGCUCCUCCUCGGACUUUGUCGAGUCGCCUGAGGAGGAGUCUUCGCCGGAGGUCUCCGACUCCGAUGGGGGAAACACGUCGAGUGGCGCCGACGAUCGGCGCGGAGCUGGCGAGGCGUCUCCGUCCCUCACUGUGACGUCGGGUGCCUCCGGAGAGCUCGACACCACUGGGGUGCUUGCUGCUGGUCCGAGCUCGCCUGCUUCCUCCCCGGCAUCGGUCGGGUCACGCCGGUCCUUGGGCAUUGCUGCGGCGUCGCCGCCGUCACGGGCGGCUACCACUGACUCGGCUACCGCUGACUCGGAGGCUAGCGAGGAGGACUACCUCGAGCGGUACCGUGUUCCUGUGUCCAGCCUCCCUCCGUCCGCUGCCCCAGGCGGACCCCCGGGCAACGCCGGCUCCUUGUCGGCGGCUGCCCUUGCUCCGUCCGCGGCCGCCCGCUUUGUGGCGGCAGCGGACGUCUCGACUGACAGUGGUCAGUCGGCUGCCUCCGGGUAUCGCGUCUAA